AUGGCUAAUGAGCCGACAACGUCGGAAGACUCUGCCACUCCCACCAUGUCUUUGGUCAAGACAACACCGCCUUCCUCCCCUCUGGGCGACAGUCCUGCAGACGUCAAGGAAGAAAGAAUGCCAAAAGAUGAGAAUGGAAGGACGCAUGAACAGGGGGAGGAUGAUGAUGACGAGCAGAUGGACCACAAAUCACGGGCGCUCACGAAUCUCCUGAAAACAAGCUCGGUGUUUGUUGCGAUCAUGGCAGACAAGAUGAAGGAGCAGCAGAAGCAGAGUCAGGAACAAGCUAGACGCGCUGCAGUCAAACAGCGGAGUGAGGAUGCCAAAGCUGUAGGGUCGAAAGGGCCAACGAGGAAGUCUACUAGGGCCAACGCUGUGGAUGAGCAUGUCCGCGAUGAACCACCGGAGAAGAAAAACACUCGAGGUCGACCAGCUAAGAAGAAGACGAAUGUCGGAAAAAAGAAUAUCGCAGACUACUUUGAUGCCGAUGCGGUGGCAAUCCCCCAGGAUGGUCCCACAGUUCAAGAAGCUCUGGCGGAAGCCGCUGACGAGUAUGAGGGCGAAGGGCUGGGUGCUCAAGAUCUUGUUGCCACCGACCAACCAGCCCCUGUCACUGGCGGCCAGAUGAAACAGUACCAGCUCGAAGGUCUGGAGUGGCUGAAGUCGUUGUGGAUGAAUGGCCUCUGCGGCAUCCUGGCAGAUGAGAUGGGGUUAGGCAAGACGCUGCAGGCCAUUUCUCUCAUUGCCUUCUUCAAAGAGCACAAUAUCCAAGGGCCGUUCUUGAUAGUUGCUCCGUUGAGUACAGUCAGAAACUGGAUCGAGGAGUUCAAGCACUGGACCCCGUCGAUCAAUACUAUCCUCUACCAUGGCAGCAAGGAUGCCCGGGAGGCAAUGAGGCGCAAAAAGAUGAAAAUGCAAGACCAGACCAAGGGCGAAUUUCCCGUGGUGGUGACAAGCUACGAGAUAUGCAUGAACGACCGAAAGUUCCUGGCCAACUACCAGUGGAAAUACAUCAUUGUCGAUGAAGGACAUCGAUUGAAGAACAUGAACUGCAAGUUGAUCAAGGAGUUGAUGACAUACAACUCUGCCAACAGGCUGCUGAUCACAGGCACACCGCUCCAAAACAACAUUGCCGAGUUGUGGUCUCUCCUCCAUUUCUUGCUGCCAGAAGUCUUCAAUGACCUUGACAGUUUUGAAGGAUGGUUCGAUUUCUCCAGUGUGCUGGAAGACAAGACCGACGCGGACGGGAAGAUGUCGAAGCGCAAGAACAAUCUGGUUUCUACCAUGCACGCUAUUCUCAAACCGUUUCUGCUGCGGCGAGUCAAAUCAGAUGUCGAGUCAUCGCUUCCAAAAAAGCGAGAAUAUAUCCUCUACGCGCCCUUGACUUCUGAGCAGAAGGACCUCUAUCGGGAAAUCCUUUCUGGGACCAGCAGGUCCUACCUCGAAGACAAGGCGGUCGCGCGGAUCGAGGCCAGAAGCCGAACCGGCUCAUUGAAGCGCAAGGCGAACGACAGCGGACGCGCCACUCCGGUCAAGAGUGUGAAGCAGAGCCGAGCAUCCACUCCCGCAUCCACAACCUCGACAGGAUCAGCACGACGGGGCAGAAAAGGAGCUCGUACAAGCUACCGAGAUGUGACAGAUCGUGAAUUCAAUGCACGUCUACGUCGUCUAGAGAAUGGUGAAGAGAACGUCACUCUCGACCCCGACUCCCCUUCAAUGGAUGCGUCGGAGUAUGCAUCGGAGGAGGAACAGGAAAUCGAACGUGCCAAAACCCUCAAGCUGGCCAAGAAGGAGAUGUCGGGUAAGAAACUGCAGAAUCCAAUCAUGCAAGCCCGCCUGGCGUGCAAUAGUCCGCACAACUUCUACUGGCCUUGGAAGCCUGCCACCAUUGCGGAGGAAGAAUCGGGCGACUAUCCUCAAGUCGACGAGAGCCUUGUCACUGCCUCAGGAAAGAUCCUGCUACUCGAUACCCUCCUUCCAAGACUGUUUGAGUUGGGACACAAAGUCUUAAUCUUCAGCCAAUUCAAGACGACUCUGGAUAUCCUGGAGACCUAUGCUGUCGAUCUCCGUGGCUGGAAAGCAUGUCGGAUCGAUGGCUCGGUGGCUCAAGAAGACCGGUACAAGUCGAUCACGGCGUUCAACACGGACAAAUCGUAUAAUCUGUUCCUGCUAUCGACCCGCGCGGGUGGGCAGGGGAUCAAUCUGACCGCGGCUGACACGGUGGUUUUGUUUGACUCGGACUGGAAUCCACAACAAGAUCUGCAGGCGAUGGACCGCGCACACCGGAUCGGCCAGACCAGACCGGUGAUUGUGUAUCGUCUGGCGACUCGGGGUACGGUCGAAGAGACUCUUCUCCUCAAGGCGGACUCGAAACGAAAACUGGAAAAGCUUGUCAUCCAGAAGGGGAAGUUCAGGUCACUACUUUCAUCCGCUGCGGAUAUCGAGGAUGUGCGAGGAGUUCUGGCCAGCGAUGACUUCGAAAAGUAUGACAUCGCCGACUCGGGCGGCAAAGGAGCCAUCCUGAGCGACGACGAGCUGCAAAUCCUGACUGACCGAAGCGAUAAAGCCUAUGAAAUGGCCGAGAAGGGGCUGGAAACUGGCGGCGAAGGCAAAGCUUUCAAAGUCGCCGAAACGAAGAGAGGUGACGGAGGCACAGCAGACGUCCUUGAUGAUCUGACUGUGAGAAGCAAGCCCAGGUGA